GUGAGGGGGGUGGCCCCCCUGCCCUGCUCCUCCUCCCCCGCGCCCGGUGCUCGGAGCCUGGCGCUGCCGCCGCUGCCGCUGUUAUUGGGUGGAAGAUGGUGUUCGGCGGAUGGAAAUCCUAAUGACAGUCUCCAAAUUUGCUUCCAUCUGUACCAUGGGCGCCAAUGCCUCGGCUUUAGAGAAAGAGAUUGGUCCAGAACAGUUUCCAGUCAAUGAACACUAUUUUGGAUUAGUCAAUUUUGGAAACACCUGCUACUGCAAUUCAGUUCUUCAAGCACUUUAUUUUUGCCGUCCAUUUCGAGAAAAAGUUCUAGCUUACAAGAGUCAACCUAGGAAGAAAGAGAAUCUUCUUACGUGCUUAGAAGAUCUCUUUCACAGUAUAGCCACUCAGAAGAAAAAGGCUAGAGUAAUACUUCCUAAGAAGUUCAUAACAAGGUUACGAAAAGAAAAUGAACUUUUUGACAACUACAUUCAGCAAGAUGCACAUGAGUUUUUGAAUUACCUACUAAAUACAAUUGCUGAUAUUUUACAAGAAGAGAGAAAGCAGGAAAAGCAGAAUGGUCAUCUACCUAAUGGCAAUAUUGACAGUGAAAAUAACAACAGCACACCAGACCCAACUUGGGUUCAUGAGAUCUUUCAGGGAACAUUAACUAAUGAAACCAGAUGUCUUACUUGUGAAACUAUAAGUAGCAAAGAUGAAGAUUUUUUAGACCUUUCUGUUGAUGUGGAACAAAACACAUCAAUUACUCACUGCUUAAGGGGUUUUAGCAACACAGAAACAUGCAGUGAAUACAAAUAUUACUGCGAAGAAUGUCGCAGCAAACAGGAAGCACACAAAAGGAUGAAAGUAAAAAAACUGCCCAUGAUUUUGGCACUGCAUUUGAAGAGAUUUAAAUAUAUGGAUCAGCUUCAUCGAUACACAAAACUUUCUUAUCGGGUAGUUUUUCCUUUAGAACUUAGACUAUUUAACACUUCAGGAGAUGCCACCAAUCCUGACAGAAUGUAUGACCUUGUUGCUGUUGUGGUUCACUGUGAAAGUGGUCCUAAUCGAGGCCAUUACAUUGCAAUUGUUAAGAGUCAUGAUUUUUGGUUAUUGUUUGAUGAUGACAUUGUAGAGAAAAUAGAUGCACAAGCUAUUGAAGAAUUCUACGGGUUGACAUCAGACAUCUCAAAGAACUCCGAGUCUGGUUACAUCCUCUUCUAUCAGUCUCGGGACUGAGUAGGAACUAUGGUGAAGAGAUAAUUUCUGCCUCAUUUCUUUGGUUAUUUUGGAAAGGAUCAAGCACUGAUUUUUCAAGAAAAGUGAAAUGCAGGGAGCUCAGGGGGCAGUAGCGCACUUUGCACACAAUAAGCAAAGACUAUAGAUUAACAAGCCCUUCAUAUCAUGGUAGUUGAUUUAUUUGCUCAGGUAUCAUGCUGUCUGUACAGUUCCAUGCAAGAAUAAUUUGAAAUCAGAGAUACCAGCUUCUCUUGUCAGAGUAGCCUUCCCAUAAUUGACAUGCAUUUUUUCUUUGUUAUUUGCACCCAUAAAUUUGAAGCCUUUGGGGUGCAGUAGAAAGGACAGGAACCUGUGCUAGAUUGUACUGAUUAUUUAAAAAGAAGACACUAAAUACACUGCAUAAUUUAGUUUAUGUUCAGUUUAGAGAGCAUAUUCUGUGGUUUUCCAUUAACAAACCAGAAAUAUUCUUGGGCCCAACACUUGUAGUUGCCCUCCUGACAUGCUAGACUAACAUGAUGAACUCCAUUGUCAGGUAGGCAAGUAUAUUUUGCUUCUCUGAAGAAGCUUCUAAUAAUAUACAGUAUAUGUAUAUGUAGGGAACAUGGUCAAAGGUGGCUUUUUGCUUCCCCAAGGGGAAAGACUGGCUCUGUAAUUAUAGUUUAUUCUUAUUUAUUUAACUUAUUGUAUCUGCUAGAGUCUAAGUAUUGUAUGAAUUGUCAGUGAUUCUAUCAACAAGUUUUAAGGAUAACUUCUGUUAGCUUUAGUCAGUUAUACCCUUUUAAGUGUUUUAUUUUCUAUUUUGAAGGACAAAUUUAAAUUCUAUUUAAAAUCAGUUAAGAUAUCUUAAGAAAAAUUCUAUGAGAGGAGGUAAAUUUUUUUUUCUAGGAGUAACUGGUAUCUCUGUCCAAAUAGUUUUUCCUUUAAUUUUAAUUUCUAAAUCAUCUAUUCUAUUCAACUUGGAUGAAAUUUUAAAAGCUCUGAAAUUUUCUUAAAAUUGUUGAAAUGAUAAAAGAAAUGUGUACCAUAAAGAGAUGCUGGUGCAGUGGUAAUAUAUUAUUCUUUAUAGUCCUUAAAUAUACUAACUGUUCACAUUGAGAAAGUGCUUGGAAAACCUGACAUUACAUAUGAUAAUUUCAGAAUGUCAUUCCUCUCCUUGUGAAAUGAUCCACUCACUCUUAACUCUAGCAGCCUGGGUGAUUAGCUGAGUGUACACCCUUUCAAUAUGAAAUUUUCUUGAAUAGUCUAGGAAUCCUAAAAGAUAAAGCCAGCAUUUUUGCAUUUUGCAAAUAAUACUGGAAAGAAUUUUCAGAAAUUAAACUUUUUGUUUGUAUAAGAUUUUUUGUUUUGGGUUAAAAAAUAAUUUUAGACACUAUUUAAAUCAUGGCAGCACCAGGUAAUAUAUGUGUAAAAUAUAUGUAAACUAUUGCAAUUGACACUUUUCCAUGCAUCAGUAUGUUGUCUGACAGUGGCUGAAUGUAAUUUAUGGAAAAAUAAUUGAAUAUAUAUUCCAAAUAAUAG